UAAACCAUUCCGCCCCGCCCCCAUCCUAGAUCCGCCCUGCUGUUCAGAAGUCUCCCAUUGGCCCCAAUCCUUUUAGAUUCCUAACUGUCUUCCCUCAGAUCGUGGAAGGUGAGGGUCGUCUAUUGAGAGAACCUGGGAACGCUGGAGCUGGGAAAAGGGGAAGUGUGUCCUUGACAGAGUGGCUUCUGGGAAAGCGAGUCUGUGUGCGCGGAGGCUUCUGGAGAAUGAAGUAUAUCCAACCCUGCGACUUUCCAGGGCCGCUCUCGUCCUGCGCAAGCGCACAGGGACGUUGAGGGGGAUAGAGGGCGCCAGUACCGAGAAAAUGCUGGACAGGCGUUUGCCCCUUGGGGGCGGGAUGGGUCGGAAAAUUGUACUAUAUGUGCUCCUCCCACCCAGGAGGGCAUUCCCUUCUUCUUGCUAGGUGUAAAUCCUCCCACUGAAAUUUACCUGCAGGAUCUCCCAUUCCUGUACUAGCUGAGUCCAACACACACCUGUACUCCAUAAGAAACCAGUUUAGGGCUGCCCAUUCUUCCCUACUCCCAUAUUAUCCCCAAGCUUUGGGCUGAUUCCUUCUUUAUCCUGAAACAGUGACCCUCUGAUUUUGGGGCCACCCCUCUGACCUUGGGAGAGAUUUCCCCCAUUUUCUCUGUCCUUCAUCUCCUGAGGCAGAUCCCUGAAUUUUGGGUUUAUUAGUCCCUGAUCCUAAAGAUGACCCUGGGACUGACAUGCCCCCCCCCCCCAACUGAUUCCUCUCACAGUAGGAUUUUACUUCUUUCACACACUCACACCCCCUUCUCAUCAUUCUCCCGCUUAAUCUUUGGGUCUGAUCUCUUAUUGUUCAUUGCUUUAUGUCAGAUUCUGUGACUCUGUUUAGGGUUUUCUUGGCAAAGAUACUGGAGUGGUUUGCCAUUUCCUUCUCCAGUUCAUCGUACAGAUGAGGAAACUGAGGCAAACAGGUUUAAGUGACUUGCCAGGGUCACACAGCUCAAAAGAGGCUAAGGACAAAUUUGAACUCAAAGAUGACUCAUCCUGAUUCUAUGUCUGGUACUCUUCUAACCCCUAUGCCACCUAGCUGCCUUGCCAUCUUGACCCUAAGACUAAGUGUGGGAUUAAUCCUGCUGAGCCUGACUGACCCAGGAACUGACUCUUCUCAUAGUAGUGCUGCAUCUUCCCCCAGAUCCUCCGUUGGGGCCUGAUCUUUUUUUUAUCUUUAUUUUAUUCCAAUAACAAAUUUACACAUAAGUUUCCCCAAGUUAUAUGAUUCAUGCUGUCUCCCUCUAGUUGACAAGCAAUUCCACUGAGUUAUACAUAUAUUAUGGCCCUGAUCUCUUGACCCUAAGGCUAAACCUGGGGCUGAUCCCCCUGACCCUGACUGGCCCUGAAGCUAAUUCUCUUCACCCGGAACUGAACAUGUAUUGUCUGUGGGGAUCCUCCCUAUUUAAGUUGGGAGGAUUUCCUAGAGGCUUCACACAUACACACACACAGACACACACACACACACACACACAUACCACACACACACACACACAUUCUGGACAAGGGCUGAGUCUCCUUGGGGAGAAGGGCUCAGUGGUCUUGAGGAUUCCAGCAGUCUAUGCAUACCCCCAAUCAAUCUUCCAAGGUUAUCAAACCUUGGCAAAUUCCUGUGGGAGGUCCCUUCUUCCUUAUUUUUGACUCCUUCCCUUCCUCUCCUCCAUUCUUCUGUCCCCUGUCCUCCUCCCUAGUCAGCCUCUCCCAUCCUUGUCUAGCUGGCUAAGCCUCAUUCAAUUGUCUCCUCCACCUAGAGGAGUUAACUGGGUGGGCUCACAAGCCAAGGAUUGACAAGGAAUGGCAUGCCAGGGAGGGGCUGGGGAUGCCUUAGAGGUGAGCCAGCUUUGUGGGUCACCAGAGACCGAGACCUGAAGGACUGGAAACCCCUUCUGUACUAAAUCCACAACGUCAGGUACUGAUGUGAGGUAUUCCCUCCUGAUCCUUUAAAGGACUACUGGGAGCAAAGAUUGACAGAACUGCAGAGGAAAAGCAGCUCUCUGGGGCUGGUAUACUGAAUAGUGAGCCCCCAACUCUAUUCCUCUGAUUCUUGCACCCACCUUCCUGAGCCCCACACUUCCUCUGCUCCACCUUCGCCCAACCCCUCCCAGGACCUCCCCCGCCCUCCCCCAGAGGGAAAAGGAGGAGGCCUCACAGAGUUCAACUCAGCAGAGACUUCUCCUGAUCGGGAGUCUUACGCAGGACAGGACCCACAGAGGACACUUGCCUGUUUCAGCAGAAGCAGGGCCAGAUCAAACUGCUCCUCCCUCCCUCCCUCCCUCCUUUCCGACACUUCCCAGCGGCUUCAUGGACCCCCUUGAAUCUGUGGUGAAGAACCCAUACACCAGCAUCAGCAUUCCACGAGCCCACCUCCGUCCAGACCUAGAACAGCAGCUCCAGCAAAGCCAGGACACACGGAACCCUGGGGCCAGGCCUGGCCCUGCACCCGAUUGCUCCCUGCCAACAGCAGGUGGGUGGACCAAGGGGGAAGCCAAAGGAGGGUCCCAAAUCCAGACCCAGGCACCCGAUUGCUCCCUGCCAACAGCAGGUGGGUGGACCAAGGGAGAAGCCAAAGGAGGGUCCCAAAUCCAGACCCAGGCACCCGAUUGCUCCCUGCCAACAGCAGGUGGGUGGACCAAGGGGGAAGCCAAAGGAGGGUCCCAAAUCCAGACCCAGGCAUCUUGGCAACAGCCAGGGAAUCCCUACGGCAGUGUGAAACAGACAUCAGGGAGCACAAACCCACCUUAUUGUAACAUCCCACCUGUACGGCGUGGAGACGACAUUGCCCAUCACUGCUGUUGCUGCCCUUGUUGCCGUUGCUGUCGCUGCCCUCGAUGCUGCCGCUGCCACAGCUGUUGCUGUGUGGUCUCUUAACUCCUCUGAACACCUACAGCCCAGAGGAACCCAGACUGAAGGAGGCCUAUGAGGCAGCUGGGUUCGUUGGCAUUCAGGGGUAAGGAGACACAUAUCACUCUGGGUGGCUCCUUCUUGAAUGGCAUUAGAUCUCCUCUGGCCAAAAGAACUGGAGCUCAGGACAGAGGCUGAAGUCACUGGGAUUUGGUGCAUUUGAAAUCUUCCUAUUUCCCUCCCCAAGUCAUUCAUCAUGACAGGACAGAGAAUCCUGGGCAGAAUCAAGAGUCCAGGAAUCACAGAAUUUCGGAACUCAAAUGGACAAAGAGACCAUCUAGUCCAAGCUGUACCUAAACAGGAUUCUAUGAUAUCCAUGAUAAAUACGUAUCAAACUACUAUUCAAACAUCACCAGUGGCCAGGGGCCCACCAUCAACCUCUGUAGCCUAUUCUACCUUUGGUUGACUCUACUCAUUAGGAAGUUUUCCCUCAUGUUGAAUGGAAAUUUAUUUUUAUAAAAGUUCCAUGCACUGAUUUUAAUUCUACCCUUUGGGGCCAAGUAAAACAAGUCUAAUCCUUCUCCAUCACAAUUCUUCAGAUAUUUGAAAACAACUGUCAUGUCCCUCCAGGUUUAUUCUUUUCUUCUCCAGGAUAAGCCUGUCUCAUUUCUUCAACUGAUCAUAGCAUGUCAUGGUUUCUGGGCCAGUCGGCUUCCUCCAGCUUCUUAAUGCCUUGUCUAAAAUUUGAUAUCCAGACCUAAAUACACCAUCAUAAGAUUUGGGGAUGAGUCCAAAGAUGGGAGUCUAUUGUGAAGAGCAUGUUGGAAGGGGUGUCAGGGGCCGGGGUUGGAAGAAGCAGGAUCUCUACCUAAGAAUGAGGAAGGCAUUCAAACCUCCUCUCCAAUCUCUGGUAGCCUAACCCUGUGCCUAUUGAAAGCCUCACAGGCCUAGGGCAAGCCAUCAGCACUGGUGCUACCUACUACUGACCACUAUUUACCGACCAGAAUCCUGAACCAGGGAUGAAACUCCAUGGGGAGGAUUCCUGUCCUCACUCAGCUUAAUCCAAAGGCCCUAUCAAACCCAUGCCUCACCUCACCUGAGACCAAAAGCAUCAGUGACUAGCCCCAGGGGGCUCCUCACUUCUUCCAGUUACUCCUGUUGUUCCCUUGUCAAUAAACCUAAAUAAUUUGUUCA